AUGAAACUCAGCAAGUCCGACCUCAGCGCCGCCCUGCUCGCCUCGGCCCUGCCCGUGGCUCAGGCUGCGUGCAGUCUCCCGUCCAGCUACAAGUGGACUUCGACUGGCGCUUUGGCCCAACCACGGUCGGGCUGGGCUAACCUCAAGGAUUUCACCUACGCUCCCUACAAUGGCAAGCACCUCGUGUAUGCCAGCUACUUCGGAGGGAACUAUGGCUCCAUGAACUUUGGUCUCUUCUCGGACUGGUCUAGCAUGGGAUCGGCGAGCCAGAACCAGAUGAACUCGGCCACCGUCGCCCCUACGCUCUUCUACUUCGCCCCCAAGAAGGUCUGGGUCCUGGCCUACCAAUGGGGUGCCACUCCCUUCUCGUACCGCACGUCGUCCGACCCGACCAACCCGAACGGCUGGUCGAGCGCCCAGCCUCUCUUUUCCGGGAGCAUCUCCGGCUCCGACACUGGACCUAUCGACCAGACCCUGAUCAGUGACGGUACCAACAUGUACCUCUUCUUCGCCGGCGACAACGGCAAGAUCUACCGCUCGAGCAUGCCAGUCGGCAACUUCCCCGGCAACUUCGGUUCGAGCUCAACCGUCAUCAUGAGCGGCAACAAGAACGACCUCUUCGAGGCCGUGCAGGUGUACACGGUGGCGGGCCAGAGCCAGAAGACGUACCUCAUGAUCAUUGAGUCGAUCGGGUCGCGCGGCCGGUACUUCCGGUCGUACACGUCCAACAACCUGGGCGGUUCGUGGACGCCGCAGGCGACCAGCGAGAACGCGCCCUUCGCCGGCAAGGCCAACAGCGGCGCGUCGUGGACCAACGACAUCAGCCACGGCGAUCUCCUCCGCACCAGCGCCGACGAGACCAUGACCAUCGACCCGUGCAACCUGCAGCUGCUGUACCAGGGCCGCUCCGGCGACAGCAGCGACUACAACUCGCUGCCCUACCGCCCCGGUCUCCUCACCCUCCAGGGCGCUACCGGCGGCAGCCCGAACAACCCCGAGCCCACCGGCGGCACCAACCCCGGCACCGGUGGCACGGUUCCCAAGUACGGCCAGUGCGGUGGUAGUGGUUACACCGGCCCGACGACCUGCGCCAGCGGGUCCAAGUGCACCUUCUCUAACGAAUGGUACUCUCAAUGCCUCUAA